GCUGUGUGGAUCACACGUUUCGUUUAUAAACAGCUCCAUUGUUAUUGCCGACCACCAUUUAUAACAACCCACACUGAACAGCACAAAAUGAGCUACACCCCGUCACAGUUGGAAAGGUUGAUUCUUAAAUUUCUUGAAUUGGAUACUAAUCGCGACGAAGUUGUGGAUCGGCGGGAACUCAAACAUGCAUGGUUAAAUGAUGGAAUAACAGAAGAUGAAGUUUCGCAUUGGCUGGACAAAUAUGACUUGAAUGGCGAUGGAAAUAUCACUCUGGACGAAUUUUGCCAUGCACUCGGCUUGAAAUGCGAAGAAAUGCGUAUUGAACGCUAUGAACGUCAACGGGAACGUGAUGGGUUCGCCAAAGUUUUGAAUCCCGACGUGUCGAUCAUCGCUAGUACAAUGUCGUUGGACAAACAAGUGGACAUUACAAAUAAAUUUGUUGAACUACUCAAGGAAACAUCCGGGCGACCGGAGGAUCUAAAUGAGGUGGCGAAGAACCUAAAAGACUACCUAGAUAAGCAGUAUGGCCGGGUCUGGCAAACGGUGCUGGUGGCCGGAUCGUACUGGAUGAAGUUCUCACACGAGCCAUUUAUGUCACUUCAGUUCAAGUGCGGACCACACAUUUGCCUCGUCUGGCGCACACCAUGCAUUGAAAGGGAUUCAUUUAACUGAGAAUUUCUCAGAACACUACCCAAGGAAAGCAUACCACCGAACUACCCAGCCAAUAUGUCAGCUUAUGAAUGUUUAUAAAUUGUUCGAUAGAUUCUGUUUCAAAAUCAUUCCAAUCUGAAUAAAAGAAGGCUUUUGCAAGUUCC